AUGGCCGUCGACAACCUCCGACCGCUUGCCUACGCUGUCAUUACCAUCGCCUUCGCAUUGGGCACUGCGUCUAUCUUCCUUCGGCUUUACUGUCGAUGGCGUCUUCGGACUUUUGGUCUGGAUGAUGCGGCUGCCAUUUUCCUCUUCUGCGUCAACAAUGUACAACAAGCGAUUCUGUACAUAUUCCUUCAUCACGGGUGCGGAUUGCCGGCAGACAGAGCACCAGCGGGGAUUCUCACCAACAUCAGAAAGUUUCUUUUCGUAGAGGAGGUAUUUUACAUGUUUGUCCACUUCGUGCUCAAGCAGACCUUCCUCCUCUUCUACCUGCGCCUCUCACCGAGCCGGAGAUUCCAGUGCGCCGUUUACACAACCAUGGCCAUAUGCGUAAUUUUCCUUACAGCAGAAUGGCUUUUGGCCUUUCUGCAAGCCCGACCACUGGCUGCAUACUUCCAUCCGGAAAAUUAUCCAAAUGCCAAGCGCCUCAGCGAGUACGUCGUGCAAAUGGUCCCGACUGCAUUGAACGCGUUCUCCGACGUCAUCAUCCUCAUCCUUCCCGUUCCAACCGUUCUCAAUUUGCAAAUGAGCCCACGCCGCAAGAUCGCCGUACUCGGAAUCAUCUGCUUCGGAUCGCUAUCCGUCGUCACAGCGCUAUGCCGCUUCGUCGUGCAGAAGCAACUCAUCUCAGAGCCUGAUACUUCCUACAUCAUGGGCCGAAUGGUCAUCGUCGCGGGUAUUGAGAUUCAGAUUGCAGUGGUGGCGGUCAACUUGCCGGCCCUUCGAUCGCUCUUUACCAAAGUUUUAGGAAGUUCUCAUGAAGCUUCAGGAAGCUAUCCAUACAAUAAUCAAAAAGGGGUGCAUAGGCUUUCCAGUCUGAAGUCCCAUUCAAAAGGUCCCGGCGUACGGAAAGGACUUAGGAGAUCCGAGCCGCGCGAUGGGGUGCUUGGAGCUACCCUGACUGGGUCCGAAGAGGAGCUGAUGCGGCAACAAGGUGGAAGUGCCAGCCAUAUCCAUGUUAUUACAAACGUGGAUGUGACAUCUCACGAGGCCGUUGACGAGGAUUGCAGGGGAGACAUUGGCCUACCUUCGACGGAAAAGAAUAAGCACGUCCACUGA